AUGCUGCUGCCGUAUCUGAAGGUCCUUGAAAAGCACCCCAUCAUCCUGGGCUCGUCCUCCGCCUCCCGAAAGCAGCUCAUCAACUUCCCCGAGGACCUGGCCAAGGAGUCCUUCGCCUCUCCCAAGCUGUACUGCGAGGCCACCUGCGAGGGCAAGGCGGCCGACAUACUCAAGCAGCUGAAAGACAGCGGGCGCGAGAUCGAGGUGCUGGUCGUGGCAGACACUAUUGCCGCCGUGGACGGCAAGAUCCUCGAAAAGCCUAGGGAUGAGGACCACUGCGUCGAGAUGAUGGGGAAACUGGCUGGCCGCUGGCACGAGGGCAUUACAGCCCACCGGGUCUACGUGGGGACCAAGCUCUACGCUUUCACGACUGUCGACGAACUGAAAUUCUUCCCACUGGACGAAACCACGCUCCGGGCCUACGCGCGGACAGGCCAGCCCUACGCGCAUUCGGGGGGCUACCGGCUGAACGGGAUGAGCGGCAGCUUCUUCGAGGAGAUCAGAGGGUCGGUAGGGUUCCAGGGGCUGCACGUGGGGCGGGUCUGCGCAGCGAUCGUGACAGGCCUCAAGGAGAUGGGCUGGACGGAUGGAUGA